CACACACACACACAAAUAUGCAGUUGAAUUGAGCUUCAUGUUUUAACCUUGACCAGCGAAGAAGCUUCAUCGGAGGGAGGGUUGGAACAGUGAUGCGAAAGCUCACUAAUCUAGGGCUUCCCAAACACUUGUUCAUCCAAGUCCGGCCGAUCCAUCUCCUGGAAAACUAGCUUCAAAGCAAAUUCCGAAAGGUAUAUAUAUAUAUAUACAUAUGUUCUUCUGAUUAUAAUGGGGAAUAUAUUCGUAAAAAAACCCAAGAUAACGGACGUUGAUCGAGCAAUUCUCACUCUCAAGACUCAGAGGCGUAAGCUUGCCCAAUAUCAACAGCAGCUGGAAGCUGUCAUCGAAGCUGAAAAGCAAGCUGCAAGGGACUUGCUUCGUGAGAAGAAGAAAGACAGAGCCUUGUUAGCAUUGAAGAAGAAGAAGGUGCAAGAAGAAUUAUUGAAGCAGGUUGAUGCAUGGCUUAUUAAUGUUGAGCAACAAGUUGCAGAUAUUGAAUUGGCUAGCAAGCAGAAGGCUGUUUUUGAUAGUUUGAAGGCCGGUAAUAAUGCAAUGAAAGCUUUACAAAGUGAGAUCAACUUGGAGGAUGUUCAAAAACUGAUGGAUGAUACUGUUGAAGCAAAAGCUUAUCAAGAUGAAAUUAACGCAAUUUUGGGGGAGAAACUAUCAGCAGAAGAUGAAGAGGAAGUUUUACUAGAAUUUGAGAACCUGGAAACUCAGAUCGCACUCCAAGAUAUGCCAGAAGUUCCUACUCAAGUGGAAUCUCCAGAAGAACAUGAGAUGAAGUUGGACCUACCUGACGUACCAGCAAAAGCACCUGUUGCUUCCAAGGUAAUUGCUGAGGAUGCUCAAGAUGUUUCAGCUGGAGUUUCUAGUAGGACAAAAGUCAUGGAGGAACCAUUGCCUGCUUGAGAAGGGAAAACACCCAUGUGCAAGUUAUCAGUGGAUACCGUUAUUAUAUGACAUUCAUACUGCCAUUCCGUUCUGUGGAGUUGUUCGUGAUCACAGAUGAACCUUCUCCAGGCAGCCUGCACGUUUAAUUGUACUUCUAUUUUUUUUUUUUUUUUUUAAUAAAUUGGUUUGGAUUUUGUAAUUGUGUACAUUUUUACGAGUUUUUUUAUCGCAAAAAUCAACAUUGUAUCUGUACAGAUUAGAUACUACAUUAAUUUUGGUGUUGCGAAACUACUCAUUUGUA